UGCUCCACUGGACCGUGUCAGUCUUGCUGCUAUACGACAACAUGGCGGAGGCAAGCGAUAUCCUCGUAAGUAUGGCCGAGUUGGACCGGUAUGUGGUCGACUGUAUGAUGGCCAGCGGGGCUACCGAGGACAGCGCACGUGUAAUGUCUGACGUGCUGGUCACCGCGGACUAUCGCGGUCACUUCACCCAUGGAGUUUGCAGAACAGACGUGUACACAUUAGACGUCAAGAACGGAGUAACAUGUGGCGGAGGAAAGGACCCGACUGUUGUCAAGGAAACUGUGGCUACAGCACUGAUUGACGGCAACAAUUUACUAGGUCCUGUGGUAGGGAAGUACGCUAUGGACGUGGCUAUCCAGAAGGCUAAGACAGCUGGUGUGGGUAUUGUGACUGUCAGAGGUUCAAACCACUAUGGAAUGGCUGGAUGGUAUAGUCUCCGGGCAACAAAUCAUGGUCUUUUGGGUAUGUCAAUGACGAAUUCUGACAAAGUAAUGAUACCAACACGAGCAAAAGAAAGGUCUCUCGGAACGAAUCCUAUCAGUAUGGCGGCCCCGGGGAAGGACGCGGACAACUUCGUGCUGGACAUGGCCAGUACUCCUGUGGCCUGGGGUAAGAUUCAGAUGAAACAGUUGAAGGGUGAUGAGUUACCGAGCGGCUGGGCACUGGACAAGGAUGGUCAGGAAACAUGUGACCCGUCAACUGUGGCUGGAUUGCCGCCAUUAGGAGGUCUUGAACAGAACAGUGGUUACAAAGGUUACGGGCUGGCCAUGAUGGUGGAAGUCCUCACAAGUGUGUUGUCUGGGGCCGAGAUGUGUGCUUUUGUUAGAAAGUGGAAAACGUACGACAAACCUGCAAACUUGGGUCACUGUUUCUUGGCCAUAGACCCGGGGGCUUUUGCAGACGGAUUCCCGGAGAGGAUGCAGAACUUGAUGGAUCAUAAUCGUAACCUUGAACCGGUGGAGGCUGAGCGGGAGGUCCUCGUGGCAGGAGAUCCAGAGAGACAACACAUGGCUCUUUGUGACAAGUUGAAGGGCAUUCCGUACCAUCCGAAACAGAUUGAGCUUUUGAAUGGAAUCGCAAAAAGUCUUGACGUAAAACCCUUACAACCCAUGAUACAUGACAGCUGAAAAAUUAUAACUGUAUACUUCAUAUAAUAACAAUGCUAGUAUUAUUUAUGAUUUAUUUACAUGUCUUGUAUUCAGAAUAUGUUAACACGAGUUACAUAUAUCUAGACAGUGUGGCUGUAACGCAUGAACCUAUUAUUUCUCUGACAUUAAAUUGUAAAUGUAAACUAUUAUAUAUAUAUUAAAUAUUAGCCAUAUGGUAUAUUAUUUGUGUUUGUC